GGGGGAGGCCCGGCGGUGGCGGCGGUCGGAGCAGCGGUGCCCGGGGGGCUGUCCUCGCCUCACGUUCCCUUCUCUCGCCCCGGCCUGUCAUGGCGCGGAACUCGCUCUCCUCGCGCUUCCGCCGCCUGGACAUCGACCAGUUCGACGAGAACCGUUUCGUGGAGGAGCCCGACGGGGCCGACACUGGCACUGGGGCUGGCGCCUCUGAGGCUGACGGAGGGCCUGGCCCGGAGGUGGAGGCGGCGCUGCGGCAAGGAGACAUGCUCCGAGCAUUCCACAUGGCUUUACAGAAUUCGCCCAGCAACACUAAGAACCCAGCAGCAAAGGAGCGGGCCCAGGAAGUGGUGAUGAAGGUCCUCACCUCUUUUAAAGGCAGCGAGAUAGAACAGGCAGUAAACUCCUUAGACAGAAAUGGUAUUGAUUUGUUAAUGAAGUACAUAUAUAAAGGAUUUGAAAAGCCAACAGAAAAUAGCAGUGCAAUACUACUUCAGUGGCAUGAAAAGGCAUUAGCAGUAGGUGGACUAGGAUCCAUAGUAAGAGUUCUUACUGCACGAAAAACUGUUUAACAAACUCUAUUCAAUUGAAUUGAGACAUCGAGAACUCUCUUGGAGCCAGGAGGCGGCACUGGCUAUGCUGAUACUUUGGUCUACACUUCUAGGAUCCACAAUCUACUGAAAUACUUUGGGAGUCUCCUUCCUCUCUUGGAACAAGUACUUUUAACCAUAGAUGUGGUGGGGGAGGUGCAGUAUAUUAAUGUUUUCUGACUAUCAGAUCCAGGAGCUGGGAGGGGACUACUUGCAAUUUGUGCUGGAGACAGAAAUGGGGGUGGUAUAUACGCGUGUGCCUGUCUGCAAUAUGGUGGCUGCUCUGGCCAAGUGUGUGUGUGUCUGUGCUUGGGUGAAUAAGUGAGACUUAAUUUAAAUUUAACAAAUUGUGUGUGGUGGGGGGCAGGGGUGGAGCUGGGCUGGCAAGAGAAACAAGAGGCUGGUUUGGGAGCUGGAGGAGGGUUUUCUUAUGCAAGAGGGCUUUUUGUAUAUAUGGAUAAGAAUAGCUGGACUAAAUACAGAGUUUGUUUCAUGUAAAGUGCCUGCUGCUCUAUCUAGAAGUUCUUGGAUGGUUAGAAUAAAUAAUAUUCCAUGAUGGAUUUUGAAUGUCCUUGGGGGCUAGUUCAUUCUGUAGCUUCUCACAUGGAAAUAUUUGCUCUAGUCCCAUUUAUCUGGACUCAAGUUUUGGGAUUUGGCAGUGAAAUACCAGACUUGUUGCUUAUAUUUCUUGUCCUGGGCCCAUAUACCCCUUUUGAAUUUGUGAGCAAAGGAGGGAGAAGGCAAGUAGGAAUUCUGUGCCCCUUAUAUGUUCCUUAUAAUGCUUACCCGUGCUUGGUCUCUAACUACUCCUUCAUGAAGUUCUUAUAUGUGCUACAAAAUAUCUGGCCAAGAAUGGAUUUGAAAUUAGAUCCUGUACAUCCACUUUAAGUCUUGUAGCACUCAUGUUCGUUUCACUGAAUCAGCUGUGUGCACAUUUUCCCCAGCCCAGUCGAUAGGGGGUGUGACACACAAAAAGCUCAUGCUGAAAUAAAUCUCUUCUUGAAACCAUUAGUGG